CCACAUUAUCUCCCUCCAAAUUUUGGUCAGCGAUGAAUAUCAUCAUCAUUCUCUCAUGGCCAUUCUUCUUUUCUCCCUAUCUCCACACCCACCAAACCCUUUUCAAAACCCAAACUUCACCAUCCCCAAACCCACUUCUUUAACCAUUCCAAAGCUCACUGCCACUCUGACCACCACCACUUCUAAGAGACAUUUGAUCCUCAGAACCACUUCACUCUUUAUCAUUUCGUUAACCCCUCAACAAUUCCUCGUUGCUCAUUCUUCUGAAGAAGCUUCAGCUCCUGCAAAGCAGACCCUUUCCGGCAUUGCAAAUACCAAAUCUUGGUUCCAGUUCUUUGGUGAUGGUUUCGCCAUUAGGGUACCUCCCGAGUUUGAGGACGUUAUGGAGCCUGAGGAUUACAAUGCUGGAUUGACUCUUUAUGGAGAUAAAGUGAAACCCAAAACAUUUGCAGCACGGUUUGCAUCUGCUGAUGGAUCUGAGGUUUUGAGUGUUGUUAUUCGUUCAACCAAUCAACUUAAGAUCACUUUCUUAGAGGCCAAAGACAUAACAGAUUUAGGUUCCUUGAAGGCUGCUGCAAAAAUCUUUGUUCCAGGUGGGGCAACUUUAUACUCUGCCCGGACAAUAAAAAUAAAGGAAGAAGAAGGUUUCAGGACUUACUAUUACUAUGAAUUUGGCCAAAAUGAUCAACAUGUAGCGCUAUUUACUGCUGUUAACAGCGGAAAGGCAAUUAUUGCUGGAGCAACUGCCCCACAGUCCAAAUGGGUUCAUGAUGGAGUGAAGCUUCGUUCUGCUGCUAUAUCAAUGACAGUUCUGUAGUCAUCUUAGCAGAUUAUGUCCACAUUCUUUAUAACACGCAACUGCCAUUCAUGCUGGAAAUAAUCGUGUUUAUAAACCAUCAUUGAAACGAAUUAGGACUUGAAGAUUCAUGGUAUGGGUGAUCCUACAGGUAUCUAUUGCCCGGUUAAUUGUAAUUUCAGUUGUCAAAUAGCAGCUUAGAGCUUGUGUAGCUUGCCAAUUUUGGAUAAAUAUUUUUUCUGAGAGCCUUUUUGGCGUUUUGAAAUUGUAUGAAUGCGUUGUCUAAACUGUAGCAAAAAUUUUGAGUUGGAGAAAGAAUCCAACUUCCUGCACAACUCAUUUCCUUUUAAAACUGCUGUAUGAGUAAUACAUGGAGAAGAGUUAUGGCUGAGUAUCUUCGAACUAA